ACCAGUCGGCACACUGUCUGUUUAGAACCGCAGCCGCAGCCUCGCAACAUGAACGCCAAGCUGGUGUUGGUCGUGCUGGCCGCCCUGGUGGCGCUCGCUACGGCUUCCGGGCCGUACCCGCGCUACGGCUACCGGCACUACGGCUACGGCCACCCGGGCUACGGCUACCCGCACGGCCGCUACGGCCGCUCCCUGCGCUACCACGGCUACCCCGGCUACCACGGAUAUGGAUAUGGCUACUCUAGUGCCCAUGUGCAUAGCUACGGACCGGGAUAUGGUUACGGAUAUGGUUACCACGGCUGAACGAAAAUGGAGAUAAUAUGUGAAGAUCGCCUGCAUACCUCAUCACGUUCUUUUGUAGUGUGGAGUUUGAAAUAAAACAUGAGCUCAGAA